AGGUGAAAUUUAAAGAUAGGCAAAUAAUUAUUAUUGUGAUUUGUUACAAAGUGGCGGCGUCUUAUAAUUAUAAAAUAGCUAAGUUGUUAUUAUUAUACAAGUGAUACAUUAUUAUAAGUCAUUAUAAUGGGAUACAAAUUCCCUUUUUUUCAGUCAAAGUGGCAAAAACGCGCUUCCAUAGCUUUGGUGAGUGAACCAUCUUGACUGAAUUGAACAUCUUUGAGUUUGUGACGCGUGACGUUUGAGGAAGUCCAGAAAGAAGACGUAACAACAGACUGACCGGUUGGGCUGCACAGCUACGAAAUGCUCCUUAUGUUAGUAUCGUUGUCUCCUGUCAUUUCUAAAAUCGUUUUUUAGGGUUAUUGGAGAUUUGUCUGGAUGACGGGAAUGCUGCCGCGGCUCAGACAGAUCUCCUGCUAGCGUCAACACAACAAACCAGCUGCUCUCCGUCUCAUCCGCGGUCCUCAGACCAUCGGUGAUUGUUGUCUCGUGCCGCAACGUAACUUUCCGGUUUGUCAGCGAUGAUGUCGUGCCAGUAAAGGCUUCGCUGUUCGUACAUCCCGUGGGAAGACCAAACAAAAAACACGGAUGUUACUCCUCCCGCACCUUUUCAAAGGCACCAUCCCCAGCGAUCGCCCCCCUAUAGGAGCUCUGCCGAGCGGCUGGCUUCACUCCCGGACAGCAGGUGAACAUGGAGGAUGAGGUCUUCGAGCACAUUGUGUCCGUGUUCAGCACGCUGGUGUCUUGGAUCGCCGCCGGUGCCAUCAUGUUCGGCGGGGUGGUGCCCUACAUCCCGCAGUACAGAGACAUCCGCCGGACUCAGAACGCGGAAGGAUUCUCUGCCUACGUGUGCCUCGUCCUGCUGGUGGCCAACAUCCUGAGGAUACUCUUCAGAUUCGGCCGAUACUACGAGAUGCCGCUGCUGUGGCAGAGCAUCAUCAUGAUCGCUACCAUGUUCGUCAUGCUGGAUCUGUGCACCAACGUCCGGAUGGCCACCGAACUCAACACCAAGAGACGAUCCUUCAUAGCGACAGACAGUAAGGACGAUGAGGUCAGAAUCCCUAAGAGGCACUUUCUGGACUUUGACUGGACCUACUUCUGGUCAUGGAGUCGCUUCAUGGACUACGUUCAGUGUGUCGUGGCCUUCACUCUGGUGGCAGCCUACAUCACCUACCUCCUCCUGGACUCGGCGCUGUUCGUGGAGACCCUAGGCUUCCUGGCGGUGUUCACCGAGGCGAUGCUGGGAACGCCGCAGCUCUACUGCAACUAUCAGAACAAGUCCACAGAAGGAAUGAGCAUCAAGAUGGUGCUGAUGUGGACCAGCGGCGACACCUUCAAGACGGGCUACUUCCUGCUCACAGAGGCUCCCGUGCAGUUCUGGACAUGCGGCCUGCUGCAGGUCUUUGUGGACGUCGCCAUCUUGUUCCAGGUUUACUACUACAGCCGUUACCCGCAGAAACCAGUGUCCCACACAGUCUCCCACACCACCAGUGCCAAAGCUCUUUAAGAGCCACCACACAUACUGAAGAACCCCCCCAAAUGAGCAGCUUGAAGGAACGUAUAAACAUACAAGACUACCAAAGGACUUGAGAAUGGAGCUGGCUGCUCAAACCCGUCCUCUGUUACAUGUGAAGACAAACAGCCAUGCAUAAGGCUUCUACACCUUGGUGAUUGCAGCAAUACUCGAGGGACACGUGAUGCAUAUAAAACCUAUGUCUUUAUUUGCAAUUCUAGACUUCUUCCCAGCUUACUGAAAUGCAUGCAUCAUGUAAUGCACACCCCUCAACAAAUCAGUCCGUGCAUGUGGAGGAAUAUGUUUUGCCAAAACACAAACACAGCAUAUGUAAACUAUAGAUAUAUUCACGUCGAGCUCAGAGGACUCUGGACCAGCUUUUGUCGUCCACAUGGGCUGAUGAAUGUUGCAUGGAACCGCUGCCUUAAUAUUUGCAAUCAAACAUGGCUCGCUGCAGUACCAGCAAUCUAGUAUUUGCUAUGGAUUACUCGUGCAAAAAGACGUAAAAUUCCACGUUACUGAAUGUACACACUGGCGUAUUGUUGAAUAUGCUACUGCUUGUUCAAGAUCAAUGUUUUUUAUAUAUAUAUAUAUAUAUAUAUAUAUAUAUAUAUAUAUAUAUAUAUAUAUAUAAAAGAGGUAAUCAGGCCUCUUAGUUAUGUUACACUGGCCUAACAAUGCAUCAUUUGGAAACAUGAGUGGCCUUGAGGCAGAUGCGACAUGACAAAAUCACGCUCUGUGUGUAUAUGUUUUCUAUCAGCCACUGAAGACAUUUUUUUCUAUAAUUUUUUAUUAUUGUUGGGCGACAGAUUUCACGAAAUGAAAUCAGCCUGAGCUGAUUGCAACAUAGCUCUGCUUCUCCUGAAGUUCUCCAUCUUCACCACACUGAUGGGUUGCGAAUUUAGAAGCUGGGCUGUGUAUGAAAGCACAACACUAACACUUGGUUUUAUCAUUUGGGUUCAUAAUUAUGUGUUCAUUCUUAAAGAAAAAAUGUGUCUGUUGUUAAAGAAAGUGCACAAUGCAGUCAUACAACGACCACUUAAUGGAACUAAUUAAGUGAGGUGAACAGAUUUUCUGUAUAUCUAGACUUUGUAUCUGAUUCAUUAGAGCGGACAGACUGACAAAAAAGGCUCAGGGCCUUCUUUGCUGGCUCCUGUGGUGUCGCCACUGUUCCUGCAAGAGGGGCCUCAAGGUGGGUCUAGACAAGUCUAGCGCAACAUCAAAUAAGCUGUCUAGCUAGUAAAUUAGUAUCCACUCUGUAGCUCUGUUAAGAUAAAGUCACCUGCAUUUGCUCAAAUGUUACUGUAGAACCGGGCUACUCAAGUUCAGCUUUAAGAGGACCAAAUAAUAUUUGUUUGAAGGCCACUGAAUAAUUGGUAAAAUCAAGAGGGGGGGGGGGGGGGAAAGACCCAACGUGUUUUAAUAGUAAAAAGGAAUGAAACCAUAAACCUUCAGUUGUCCUUAUUCUCUCUGUUGCCAGCUUAUUGUUAACAUUUUAGGUUGUUAAUCGCCUCCUAAUGAUGCUAACAGAUUUAAAAUGUAACAUAAAAGACGACUAAAGUCUUAAGAUUCAUAUCUAUUAAGAGUAUUCUUCAACAAAUCCUGAAAUUGAAUUACAACCAACCAAGAACUGUCAAAAUGUAUUUUUAAAAAGAUGGUUUCUGCAAACCUUUGCCUAACAACGUACAGACCUUAACACGACACUAUUCACUCGCAAACAUCCAUUAAGAAGUUCCAUCGCGACCACAUAUCCUCAUGCAAAAUGGACUAUAAACAUAGUAGAACUCAGUUGUUAUAUUUACAACAAUUUGUUGUUGUUUUUUUUACAAGAAAGCUAAUCUUAUACUAUGAGCUUUUUCAGUGCCAUGUUUUACGCAUUCAAUUUCCACAAUUGUAACCAGAGUAACAACAAAAUAUGCUAACUAUCUGAGCAAGCCUGGGCAAGAAUUACACUUUUGCUAAAAUAGCAUCACGUCGUUGCCAUGUGAAUGUUGACGGUGCCUCUUGCGCAUUAUUCCCUUUGCUGUCAUUGAUAAAAAUGACAUUGUCUUGAUUUAGCUACACCGCCAGUCAAAGGACUCACCUUCUCAUUCAGUGGUGUGUCUUUAUUUUAUUCCUACCUAUGGGGACUCCUUCAAGACAGUUGGAAAACCAUUUCAGGUCACUAACCUCAUGAAGCUCAUCAUGAAGGCCAAGAGAGACCAAAGCAGUAUAUCCAGAAAUCAGUACCAAGGCCAGUUCUCCUGCCGUGGGGUUACUGAUACUGGCUAACAUCUUUAACCCAAAAGUGUUCUGCGUUAUGAGACUGACAGAGCUGUUUUAAAGCAAAAGAUGACUGCAAAUCCACCGUUUCCACCUAAAAGAUGCUUUCAUCAAUGCCUGGCAUUACCUCUUUGUCUUUGACUCAAAAAUCCGUUUUCAGCUCCACUGGAAAACGGGUCACAAACUAAACGCAGCCUCCCGAUAGGAAUGUUUAAGUCCUGGAAACACUCAAUAAAGUUCUCAUUCAGCUUUGUCAUGAAAUCUGUCAUCACAUUUGGUAUCUGUGCUCUCAGGGAUGAGCUCAUGAAUGCAUCCAACUGUGUGAAGUGCAGCAUCUCUCAACGGCUGUGGACUUUCCCCACUAAUUCACUUCCGGUUUGAGUGUGUUCAGAUGUCCAAAAACGUCACUCAGACGGUGCUCGUCUGCAAUAAACUCCUCAUACAGCAUGUGGAUAAAUACACAUUUGCAUUUUAAAAGGCAGACGUAUGGACCAAACUUGAAAACAAAUUGAAAGAACAGUCUGUUGGGAGAUAAGUGACUAUUCAAAAACCCUUAUAGCUCUCCAUCCUUGUAUUUCCAUACAGUAUUUAGGGUUGAACAGGUAAAUGAGCGUUGUUACUGUGAUUCAAUAGUACUUCUUAGCAAUGUUAACAUGGCAUUGGUUAUUUUAGGGUAACUUUGGAGAGAUUCGGCUUCAAUCCGUUUAAAAUGUAGUGGUUUAAAGUAAUUAAAGGAAUUAUUCAUUACCAAAGCUUGAGUUGUUUUUAAGUACAGCUAUUCCUACAAGAGAUAUGGUCAUAUUAAGUCAACUCUCAAUAUAUUCUGUAUAAACAUGCUGUCAUUGGAUAGCACAGCGUGGCCAGUUUAUUGUUUACUUCCAAAUCUAAAAGCAUCAUUUAAUAUCCUCUUCCAUGGCUCCACAAACCAGCAUCUUGAUCUGGGUCGGGUCAUUGUUGGCCAGAGGAAAAUAAUUUCCUGUAUGAACUAAAUGGACCGAGCAGGGGGUCUCUGCAGUACCAACCCCCUUCGUAAAUGGACAGUGCUUGUCUAAGUUUCUUGUCUUUUGUAUUAUUUUUUUUGUUCCUGGGUGGAGGGAUAAAGCCAAACGGAGAGAAGCACAACUGUCAGCCCUUCAGUGAACCGAGCACCAGAAGAGAACCGAUUCUGGCCUCUUUCGCAGUAUAGAGAAACAGAACCUUCUCUUUAUUUCCACACGGACCACACGGCAAAACGCUGCUGGGGAUAUUUUUAGAAGGUUCUUGAAUAAUAAAACAAUAGAGACUCCUUGGGCAACUCUACGGCAGAAGCUGAAGCAUACAAUUGUAUUUUUUUUUUUUUACAACUAUUUAGCCUUUUCCGUAUAUUUUUGUUACAUGUUUUUUGUAUUAUUUUCUAAUGCCAAUGUAAAACGGUGUACAGCUGUUAUUUAACGAAGGUGGUUGUCUUUUGGGGUUUUUUCUGGAUCACUUAGAGCUCAGAGUGCGACUCCUCUGACAGCUUCACUGCUUUUAAUUUUAUUUGUCUUUUCUCUAAAACCUAGAAACCAUUGUUGUUGUUUUAUGUACAAAAAAUAUCAGCACCUACUUGUUUCUUUUUAUACGACUCCAUUGCUGUUGUUUGAUUUCUUUAUGAAACUCCUGUCCUGUUCGAUAACUCACGGAGACUCUGGGCUGUUUAAUCAGUGUAAUCUAAUGUAGUGUGGCGUUACCACCCAAUAAAGAAGGUUCUGGCGACCGCU